AGUUGUCGUUUAAACAGUCUCACAAACUCGACGUCGUAACCCGACGGUGUAGACAGUGUUUUUCGGGAAACUUAUCCGGUAAAUUGUCACAAUUUCUUUAAGAAGCAUUCAAAGAAUCUGAAGACAUAUAUUUUCUCCUUCUUCUUAUAGAGCGUUUUUUAAACUGUUUAAAAACUUUAUCGAAAGUUUUACAAAACAAUGUAUAAGGCAAUAAACUAUAUGGAGAACUGUUAAAAAUACUUUUGAAGAUUUUUCAGAGGUAAUUAAUUGGCAAAUUUAUGUUUGCUUUGAUGAAAGAGUUGCGCGUUUCGAUUUUAGAAUUCUUUCCAGUAAAAAUAAUUUUGUGAGUUAUUUCAGGAACACGAUUUGUAGUGUUUUGUCUGAUUCUACAAGUAACAUCCGAGUAACAGCUGCAAAAAUAAGCUGGACUUUCUCUCAAGCUGAAUUCGUUCAAUAAUAUGAGAAAUGAAAUUUCAUGUUUAAUAUUUAAUUACAAAGAUAGGAAAGUUUCGAAUAAGAGUGAGUAAAUGUUUAUGAAUAGAUGAGUUAAAAACAUUUUGUCAGUAAGCAUUUUUAUUCGAACAAUGUUAUAAAGAAAUUAUUUCUCAUAUUGUCUUUGUACUUUUCUGCUGUUUUAUUACACUGCAAAUUUUAAAAUGUGGUGUUUUUUGGAAAGCAAAAUUAUUAUAUUAAAUUCAGGUUUGCUUUUUAAAAGAUCGAGUCAAUUAUAAGCACGGAGUCAUACCUAAAAUAAAUAUAUAAGAAGUUUGUAUUUGGAAACCAACAAAAAUACAAAUAAAUUUGCCUUAAAAUAAUUGACAGAAAAGUCGUUGAAGUUGUAUUUUCUUUAAAACGUUUGGCAUAGUAGGCUCAAAUGAACUGAUAAACAAUUUUCUAUAGGAAAUACGUAAAAACAAAUUGUGCCAAUAAGACUUUGUCACUUAAAAAAAAAGUCGGUUCACAGUGUUCAAAAUGAUUAAAAAAUGACUGAUACAUUUUGCUCUGAAGUCUGGAGAUGCUGCCAAUUUUAAUUUCUUCCAUGUAUUAAUCAGCGAAGAGACAUUUAAAUGCUAUUGCUCAGUUCCAGUAAAGCAAAAAAUAAAAUUGCAACACCUUUAGAGUUAAUCCUGGCAGAUGAUAGUAGUUUUUAUCUCACAGGACUAAAAUUAAAACAGUUAGUGUGACUAUUGAAGUUAAAUCGCAUUUUAAAACGUUUUCAAGUGUUUAACUUAUUAUUUCUUUGUGUUUGCACCCCUGCUAUUUCAUUCAACAAAGAACAAAAAAGACUAAUUACCAUCUACAGACAAUGCUAUCUAUUCAGCACUUUUUAAUUUAUAUGUGGGUUCUUUUCAAGAUCUGCCUCCAGAAUUGCUGGGCUGAGAAUGGAACAGACAUCCCUGUGCGUUGCCGAACAGAACGUGGCAUUGCCUUGACCUUCGAGGCUUUUAAACUGGAUACAUGUGCUCGAUGUUACUUCUAUCUGCCUCCCUGGGCUUUUAUUUCUAGUGAUCGAAAACUUCAAUAUAACCCAAGAAACGGAUUGCUGUUUGACAAUGGCACAAACACGAGCUAUGCUGCAGAUCCUGACAAUACGACUCAAACAGUUUACGAUACAUUUCAGUCAGAUUUGUUUGUAAGGAAAUGGAUGGCUUGCUGCAGGGCAGCACUCGAAUGCUGCCACAAGAUAACAUCGGAUCCUCUGCCAGUUUCAGAAGGUCCAUUUUGCGCACGCACAUGGGAUGGAUGGCAAUGUUGGCCAGACACGCCGGGUGGCGAAAUAGCUGAAAGUCCAUGUCAGGAGCAUGUCUAUUUUACCAGUGAACCGCCUCCAUGCCCAAGGUAUGCUAUAAAGAAGUGUUGGGAAAAUGGAACAUGGUUCAUCAACGAAUGGAACAAUGAAUGGACUAAUUAUAGUGGCUGUGGUCGUGUAGAGGGCAUUCGUAGAUUGCAAAUAUUUCAUAUUGCUACUUAUGCUGUAUCCAUAUUCUUCUUGUUGCCAGCUUUAUUCAUAUUUGGAACUUACAAGCAACUGCAAGUACAUCGCAUCACAAUGCACAAGAAUCUAUUUGCAGCUCUUCUUCUGAAUGCUGCACUCGCAGUCUCAUUUAAGACUAUUGUCAUAUUGGAUGAAUUGGACAAUUCCGGAAAUAGAAGGACUAUUCUUGAAGAAAACUGGGUUGGUUGCCGAGUGCUUUACAUACUAACUAAAUAUUCCCGCAUGACAACGUACAUGUGGAUGUUUUGCGAGGGUUUCUACCUUCACAAGCUCAUAGCUGCAGCUUUCGCAGAGCAGAAAUCUCUCUACAUGUUUUAUUUCAUCGGCUGGGUUUUCCCAAUUUUCCCUGUGAGUACAUUUGCACUAUUAAGGUGGAAUUUUGCUAACGAACAAUGUUGGGUAGUACCAGUGAAACCUUAUGAAUGGGUAACAAACAGCUUGAAUCUACUGAGUUUACUACUGAAUCUACUAUUUUUGUGCAACAUAAUAAGAGUUUUGGUGACAAAACUGCGUGCCACUCAUGCUAAUGAACCCAGCCAGUUCAGGAAAGCUGUUCGGGCUACUUUAGUACUGGUCCCUUUGUUUGGUCUUCACUUUUUCCUGGUCAUUUAUAGACCACAGUCUGGCGAAUGUUCUGUUCUGGAAGGGUAUUCUUAUUUUAGUUACGUUAUGGACGGUCUACAGGGCCUACUUGUUUCUCUCAUCUUUUGCUACUUAAACGGAGAGGUGAUUGACCUCAUCCGCCGAUCCAUGUACCGUUUCCGUCUACGUUAUUCGUUGGACGUCCACCCGUCUUCCGUCACCACUACAUCUGAACUUUCAAUGGGUCGGUCGAGGCAGUCGACGGAUGGCGGAAUAGAAUGCUCUAUUAGGUCAUGCCGAAGAAGUACCAAAGAAACAGCAAUAAUGGAAGCUGAAACCGAGCUCAAAAUGUUAUCGUCAGCUCAAAAUAAGAAUUCUACGAACCCGAACUCAAUGGAGACUUCACUUAUUAUACACGAAUAACAUGUAAAAAUUAUCUAAAUAUGUUGGAUUUCGCUGUUUCUGCAAGGGUGAAGAAAACCAUUGAUAGGGCGCCCUAUUUUUAGCUUGUGAUUCAGUAGAAAUGUGCAAACAUUUCUUUGUUUAUAAAGCACAAACAGAAGAAUAUUUUGCAGUAUAUAUAUUUAGUCAGUAAUGGCGAAUCAUUAGGUAAUUCGAUAAUUAAUUAAUCCCACUCGCGAAUUUGGGAUAGGAAAAAACAAUUCAUUACAUGUUUAUACAUUAAAACUACCAAUUUUGAUUGAUAUGCGAUGCCAUAUAUUACGUACUGACACAACAGAUUUUAAAAAAAAUAAAUAUGAGUAAAAUUAAUCAGAUGCAUUAAAAAUGAUUAUUCCAAUAAUUUCACUAUUGUAAGUACUUUCUUGCAGCACAUUUAAUAUAGGACGAAAAGACUGUGAUCAUCCAAAAGCAUAUAGUGAGGAAAUUAGUAUAAAACGCACCUUGUCCAAUAGCAGGGAACUUCACCGGAUCACUGGCAGUGGCUGAAAUCAUCGGGCAUUUGAUUAUGUCACAAUCAAGAUGUAUACGUUGUCGUUUAUAUGUACGUUGUGAGGACGCGCUACAGAGGGCAGUCAAAUCUUGCAAUCAAGAAGAGACAGUCGCAUAUAACGAAGCCUUAUACGACAGUUGAAGCAGCAUCCUCAGUUCUGGUCUUAGCCGUCAGCUUCUACUAAUCACACUACCAUCCAAGGUAGCAAGAGAAAUGAUAAAAUGUUAAGUAUUUGCUAUAGAGAAAAUAAGAGUUUAUUCUGCGAUGUCGACAAAAAUGUCUGAGUUUAAUUUAAAAGUCUGAUUUCUGAAGUAUUGACUUAUUCACCAUAUGUUAUCCUGCUUCAUACAGUGAUUUCGAUAGUUACAGAAAAAAAAUGGUGUACACUACAUUUCAUUUGACUAACAAUUAUUAAUGUUUUGGGGGGAGUGAGUCUUACUCGUGAAGAGUAAAGUUGAAGGCAGGUAGUUUUAGCACUUCACAUCCAAAGCAAGUAGCAACGUCAGAUUGUUUUAGUUCGUUUUAAGUUAUUAAUAAGCAUUCUAUUGAUUAUUGGAGGUGCUAAGGUAACAGGAUUCAUCAUAAUAUUCAUAAAUUUUCAAGACUUGUUUCGAAGGUUUAAAUACAGAAUAUAACAUUUCUUCAGUUGCAGAAGUGCAAAUGACGAAAGAAAAGCAUUUGCUCGGGCGAUAACAAUGAAAUUAAAUUACGGUACUGGCAAGUAUCCGAGUUAUGCAGCUGAAAAUUUUUUUAUUUGAAUCUUCGAAUCUAAUCCUGAAAUUUAAUGAAUAUUACGUUGUUAUCUUAACACCUCCAAUAAUCGUUAUUCGGCGUGUUGCCUUCAGUCUGAUUAUAUAAACAUGCUGUUGGUUCGCCAUUAUUGCCCUAGAUAACCGAAAAUUGAGUAUGAAUUAUUUUUACAGCAGAAUACAGCAUUUAAUCAUCAGUUUUGGAAUAUAAUACUUAAAUAAAUCAGUGAAAAUUUAAUCCACCGUUAACAAAAAAUCUAUUUUCAAAAUUUAAAUUUCAAUCCAUUUAUGUCAAAUUUUAUUAAAUUUGACAGAAUUUAAUACUCUUUGUAUAAUUUAUAAGAGUUUAGAGGAUAAUCUAAAUGUCAAACAUAUUUGAUUACUUUCGAAAUGUAUUACGUAAUAGCUGGUAAAAGAAGAAGAGCUUCUUGACCAUGAGGAUGAUUUUAUGAAAAUGAAUUUGGAAGCAAAGCAUUGACCAUUAUUUAUUUAUUUUUCGUUUCCCUUGUAAAUGCUUUGAACACUUUUCCACAUUUCGGAAGUGUAUUUCAAAAUAUUUAUAUGCAUUUUAAAAGGCUUCUUAAUUUCUAUUCAAGGAUUUACUUACAAGAAAUGGUUUAGGUAUAAAUCUACCGAUUUAGAUUAAAAUAAUAUGUUAUGGCAUUCUUGUCUAUAUGUUAAUAGUGGUACUUUCAAAUGUAUGUACUGUGUAUUGGAUUUUGAUGUCUUUAGCAUAAUUUUAUAUAUGUAUAUAACAAAACAUAUUGCCCUGAAUCCGUUUCGUAGCAUUUUAAUGUUUCAACCCCUCUCUGUAUUUAAAACGGUGCUUGUAACAACACACGGUGUUAUGCACAAAUAUAUCACGCACUCCUUUAGGGCGCCAAAUUUAGCGUAGUAAAAUACCAUUUUCGUAAUGGAACCAAUAUUCAAUGUUUAAAAGUUAUGGUAAGCCAAUAAAGUUUGCAUACAUAAAAGAUAAUACAAUGCAGUACACUAAGCAGUGCAGUUAGAAAUAAUCGUGAUACUGAAUAAAUAAAGCAGGUUAGAUUCAUUGCAAAUCUAAUCAAGAUAUUACAAUAAAUAUUGUUUCAAAUUUUAUUAAAACGUAUGUCAUCACUUCGCUAUCAUAUUUGCACUUCAUCUGAAUACCUUUGAUGUCUGUAGUAUAGCUUUUCUGAAUAAAUAAAGUUGUUUUUAAACACAUUUGAAUUUCGAUGCAAAAUUUUCAAUGAAUUAAUUCCAUCCAGUCUAAAAUCUCUUACUUUAAAAUAUUUAUUAUAUAAAGGAUGCGUAGAUUGAAUAAUCCUUCAAGUCUUCUUUAACCUUUUCUGGUUUAAUGCAGAGAAGAUUUUACUUUACUAUGAGCUCUUAGACACUAUCGCAUAUAAACAUAAAUUAUGAAUUAACGACACUCAAUAUUGCAUAUAUUAAAAUGUAUGUGAUUGUAAUAGCUGGAAUAUUUUCUGAACUAUGAUGAAGACUGUCUGGAGUCAAAUAUCAUUUUAUCAUACUAUAAUAUUUCUCAAUUAUAUGCUGCAAUCGUUUACUUCUAUAAAACUCAGAAAGAUAGUGCACUUGCGGGAGGCGUUGAGAGCGCAAAACAGCAAUUUUUAAAAUCAGCAACAGAUUAACAUGCCCUUUAGAUGCUCCCUGUAUUGGCAAACAUCGCCUUUAAAAUAUCUAAACUAAACCAGAUCAAGGGAACAACUGGUUCAUAGUAGUAAUUACACAUAGCCGCCAGAGACCGGCAAAGCCCCCAAACCAUUAACUGCAACAUCACAUAAAGCUACCCUAGGAUGUGACUCACCGCUACUACAUUUCGUUAUGCCUCAGCUUAGAACAGAAUUGUGUAAUUUUUCGAAAAAAAUUAGUGUCACGUGCUUCUUUAAAAAUUGCCAUUAAAAAAAAUUAAUUUGUUUCUUGGAUAUGCUAAUAUGCGCAGAUUAUCUCUGAUGAGAUUGAAGCUUUCAGAGAAAAUCUAAAAAUUGUCAUGUUUAUAUUGUCAUAAGCGCCGAAAAUCUUAUAGCAGUCACGUUAUGUUCGGAAGGAGAACUAAGAAUAGAAGCCCCCACGAUCACAAAUUUAUCUCUUUCAUACAUAGUGACUUCUAAGCAUUCAAUAUGAUUAUAAAAUGAAUUACCAGAAAUCUUACUUGCUAAGUUAAAAUUAGCUUUAAUAUACUAUAUACAUUAUUAAUAUUUAUAAAAAUCAAUAUUGUAUUUUAAAGCACUGGAAUAAUUUGAAAUCUAUUAUAAUGUAUGAAAGUGUUGUAAGAAGUUGUAAAUUUGAUAUACAUUCAAUCUCAUUCUCAAAUUUUCCAGAACUUUAUUAACUAUUUUGGCUCAUUUUGAAGUGAUGCAAAUCAAUAUAGACAAAUACAGCAGUUUUUCCUUCUUACAUAAAUUGAUAUCUCGUUGUUGUGUAUUUUAUGUCUGUGUACAAUCUUGCUGAAUGUAAUAAUUGUAUUUGAAUGUAUCUUGUUGACAUCUAUUAAAAUAUACAUAAGUGAGA